UGAAUCCACCGAUACACUAAUAAACCCUCCCUCCCUCCCAAAUUAAAAUUUAACUAAAACAAAAAUAACACAGUUUUUUUUUUAAUUUUUUCUUUAAGUUUAUUUAACAAUAAUGGCGUCGAUCGCUACUAGAAAUGGCAGUCAGAAGGGAGCGCCACCAGCAGCAGCAGCAGCAAAACCGUUUUCUGCUAACGGAAAAUCCUCUUUUAAAUCCAGACACUCACAGGCGGCAUCCUCCCUCCGCCGUAGCUCCCCCGGUUCCUUCUCUAAUAACGCCGCUGACGAUGGAGUACCUGGAAGAGUUAGAGUUGCCGUAAGAUUGCGUCCUCGAAAUGCGGAAGAGCUAAUGGCAGAUGCUGAUUUUGCUGAUGUUGUUGAAGUGCAGCCAGAGCUUAAGAGGUUAAAACUACGAAAAAACAAUUGGAACGCUGAUACUUAUGAGUUUGAUGAGGUGCUCACUGAAUUUGCAUCGCAGAAACGUGUCUAUGAAGUUGUUGCUAAGCCUGUCGUCGAGAGUGUUUUAGAAGGUUACAAUGGGACUGUGAUGGCAUAUGGUCAGACUGGGACUGGGAAAACUUUUACUGUUGGACACCUGGGCGCCAAUGACACAUCAUCCCGUGGGAUUAUGGUUCGAGCAAUGGAGGAAAUUUUAGCAGAUACUGAUCUGGAAACAGAUUCUGUAUCAGUCUCAUAUUUGCAGCUUUAUAUGGAGACCAUCCAGGACCUCCUGGAUCCUGUUAAUGAUAAUAUUGCCAUUCUGGAGGAUCCAAAAACUGGUGAUGUUUCGGUACCCGGGGCAACUCUUGUAGAAAUCAGGAACCACCAGAGUUUUGUGGAUCUUCUCCGAUUAGGAGAAACUCAAAGAAUUGCUGCUAAUACAAAAUUGAAUACAGAAUCCUCCCGUAGUCAUGCUAUUUUGAUGGUUAAUGUUAAGAGGUCUGUUGCAGGGCGAGAAGAUGCCCUUCCAAAUGAAGAUGAUCAUUCCUCUCACUUGGUCAAACCUGUGAGGCCACUUGUUAGGAAGAGCAAGCUGGUUCUGGUAGAUCUGGCAGGUUCAGAACGUGUUCAAAAGUCAGGAAGUGAAGGGCAUAUGUUAGAAGAAGCCAAGUCCAUUAAUCUCUCACUCAGUGCAUUAGGAAAGUGUAUAAAUGCACUGGCAGAGAAUAGCGCUCAUGUACCAGUGCGUGAUUCAAAGCUUACUAGAUUGCUUAAAGAUUCAUUUGGAGGCACUGCGAGAACUUCUUUAAUAGUAACCAUUGGCCCAUCACCGCGCCAUCGAGGAGAGACUACAAGCACUAUACUGUUCGGACAAAGGGCAAUGAAGGUAGAGAAUAUGUUGAAAAUAAAGGAAGAAUUUGAUUACAAAAGUUUAUCUCGCAAGCUUGAAAUGCAAGUGGACAAGCUCAUAGCAGAAAAUGAAAGGCAGCAGAAAGCUUUUGAUGAUGAAGUUGGAAAAAUAAAUCAAGAAGCAGAUGAUCGAAUUACUGAAGUUGAAAGGAAAUUUGCUGAAGCUUUAGAGAAGGAGAGGCUAAAGUGCCAGAUGGAAUAUAUGGAAUCGGUGAGAAAGCUGGAGGAAAAGAUGGUUGCUAAUCAGAGAAAGCAUGAUCGCGAUCCCUUUAUCAAUGAACACUGCAAUGGACAGGUACCUAUUGCUUUUGCUUCUGAGGAAAUUGCUGAUAUAAAAAACCUGCUUCAAACUGAAAUUCAGCUUAGAAGGGUGGCUGAAGAGGAAGUGAACAAGUUUAGGAGUCAAUUGGAAAGUUUUAUGGUAGGUGGAGAUUCAGAAAUUGUAAAGCUCCACAAAAUUCUGGAGGAGGAGGCUCGUGAAAAAAAUAAAUUAGAAGAACAAAUUGUCAUUCUACAAAGUCAGUUGUUGCAAUUAUCUCUCGAAGCUGAGCAGACAAGGAGGGUCCUUGAUAGAGUUGGAUCUGGAAAUGCUUAUCCUGGUUUAGAUUCUUUUGUAUCUCAAGUUGGACAUUCCCAUUUUAAAGACCCUGUGAAUGGAAAGAAACCGCCGAUGUCUGCACUCUUUGAACAAGUUGGUUUACAAAAAAUUUUGUCAUUGCUCGAGUCAGAUGAUGCCACUGUUCGAGUUCACGCAGUAAAAGUGGUUGCUAAUCUAGCCGCUGAAGAGGAAAAUCAGGAAAGAAUUGUUGAAGCUGGAGGUCUUACUUCUUUGCUGAUGCUUCUUAGAAGUUUUGAGGAUGAAACGGUUCGCAGAGUUGCAGCUGGUGCAAUUGCCAAUCUUGCAAUGAAUGAAGCUAAUCAAGAGAUAAUAAUGGCUCAAGGAGGGAUCAGUUUAUUAUCAAUGACUGCAGCUGAUGCCGAGGAUCCUCAAACUCUUCGAAUGGUGGCUGGGGCUAUUGCAAAUCUUUGUGGAAACGAUAAGCUCCAAAUGAGGCUAAGGUCUGAAGGUGGGAUAAAAGCCUUGCUAGGAAUGGUGAGGUGUGGACAUCCUGAUGUUCUGUCCCAGGUUGCACGUGGAAUUGCCAACUUCGCAAAGUGCGAGUCCCGAGCAACUACUCAAGGUACAAAAAGUGGAAGAUCCCUUCUUAUAGAAGAUGGAGCACUUCCAUGGAUUGUACAAAAUGCUAAUGAUGAAUCUUCAUCAAUCAGACGCCAUAUUGAGCUUGCGAUAUGCCACUUGUCACAGCAUGAGGUAAAUGCAAAGGACAUGAUUAGUGGAGGUGCAUUAUGGGAGCUAGUUCGUAUCUCAAGAGACUGCUCUCGUGAGGACAUCAGGAAUCUUGCUCGUCGAACAUUGAAUUUGAGCCCUAUCUUCAAGGCUGAAAUGAGACGGUUACGGAUAGAUUUUUGACCCUACAAGUAAUUCAGGUAUUUAAUAUGAUACAGCUCAUCUGAAUGAAUAUCCCUCCUCGCCUUUGUGUAGCAUACCUGAUUAUUGAAGUCGGAAACGUACAAUAUUUAAGGAAUUGAUAUCAUGCAGUCUCCGUGUAAAGAGCUAAGGUAUGGUUUAGAAAUGUGUAAUAUCUGAUAUCUUGUAUGUUUAGCUUUUUAAAGUUGAUUAAUGUUAGCAAAAAGAUAAAACACAGAGAAGGUGAGAAGACGGUUUUGUAGCUGAAAGUAGGCGAAAUGUUUUUAUUUGAAUUGUAUGUCAUAAGCUAGGCUGGUGUCCAAUUUUAUAGGUUUGUAAAUUAAUUCGAUCUUAAUAUUAAUGAAUAUUGAAUUAUUUA